CACUCUCGCGGAGAUCACUUUGCUGUGUUUUUAUCGCCUCAAAAAUUAUUACCCCAACGAAAAAAAAAUAAAAAAAUAAAAAAAUAAAAAACACUUCGACACUCAACUCUUCAGAUUCCACUUCCCCUUCCGCCUCGAUCCUCAUCGAUCUCUCUCGCCUCUCCCCUGCGCCGAUCCCAUCUCUGCGCUCCGCGCUCCCCCGGCGCCUCCUCCGAUCCCCGGAGGUGGUGGCGCGCGCCGUAGAAAUGAAAUAAGAUGUUUCACAAGAGCAAGAUCAAGUUGGCUGCGCUUGUCGGAAUUGCCUUGUCUGUAGUGUCUUUGUUGGUGCACCUCCUCCUUGCAAAUUAUUCAAGUGGGAAUAUUACACAGUACAAGAUAUAUGUGGAUGAUUUCUAUCCAAUUGGGCAACAACAGAAACUCCGAAGUCGAAAGUUAUGGGGCCCAGUGAGCUCUCUAGAUGCCUUACAACCAUUUGCUAACCCUAGAAAAUUCUACCCUGUUCCCAGCGAGCAGAACGGUUUCAUCUAUGCAAAGAUACAUGGUGGAUUUGACAAAAUAAGAUCUUCUAUCUGUGAUCUUGUCGCAGUCUCUAGACUUCUCAAUGCUACUCUAGUUAUUCCAGAAAUACAAGAGAGUCUUCGCUCUAAAGGCAUCAGUUCAAAAUUCAAAAGUUUUUCUUAUAUUUACAAUGAGGAGCAGUUCAUAACAGCACUUGCAAGUGAUGUAAUCAUUGUCAAAAGCUUGCCGCUGGACCUGAAAGAGGCUAGAAAAAAGACUAAGUUUCCUACAAUUUCACUUAGAAAAUCAGCCUCCCCGAGUUUCUUUAUCAGAGAAGUCUUACCCAAACUUAAACAAUCAAAAGUUGUUGGGCUAGUAAUCACCAAUGGUCGAUGCCUUGAGUCUAUUCUUCCUCCAAGCAUGGUCGAGUAUCAGAGGCUCAGAUGCAGGGUAGCCUUCCAUGCCCUGCAGUUCCGCCAAGAAAUUCAGGAACUUGGAAACCGACUUGUAGAGAGAUUGCGAGCAUCUGGCCGUCCUUAUCUAGCAUAUCACCCAGGUCUUGUGAGAGAUACUCUAGCUUUUCAUGGAUGUGCUGAACUUUUCCAGGAUGUUCACACAGAACUGAUACAAUAUAGAAGGCAGCAGAUGAUUAAACUUGGAACUUUGAAGGAAGAACUGAGUGUUGAUUCGGUUGCUAGAAAGAAAAAUGGUUCAUGUCCACUCAUGCCUGAAGAGGUUGGACUUCUUCUUCGAGCAUUAGGCUACCCGCCAAAUACAAUUAUAUACUUAGCUGGUGCUGAGACUUUUGGUGGGCAGAGGAUUCUUAUCCCUUUACGGGCCAUGUACUCAAACUUGGUCGAUCGUUCUUCCUUAUGCAGCGAGAGAGAGUUGUUCAAUCUGAUUGGACCAGAAUCCCCUCUCCCCUCUAACAUGCCUCAUCCUCCGCCAAUCAAAAGUGAGAAACAACUUAUUGAAGAGUGGAAGAGAGCUGGCCCCCGUCCCCGACCCCUCCCUCCACCUCCGGCUCGGCCCUUCUAUCAGCACGAGAAAGAAGGUUGGUAUGGUUGGAUUUCAGAGACCGACAUUGAGCCGGAUCCUUCGCCCAUGGAUCUAAGGAUGCAAGCACACCGGUUGCUGUGGGACGCUCUAGACUAUUAUGUUUCUAUUGAAGCUGAUGCAUUUUUUCCUGGUUUUAAUAACGAUGGGAGGGGGUGGCCGGAUUAUUCGGGCUUGAUCAUGGGGCACCGGUUGUAUCAGAAGGCCUCUGGCAUGACUUAUCGCCCUGACAGAAAAAGCAUUGUUGAGCUAUUUGGAACCCUCAAUGAUCAUCUAUAUCAUCCUCCACGUAAUUGGACCAUCUCGUUGCGGGAACUUCUUAACAAGAGUGCGGGCGUGGAUGGGUUCGUUGCAGAGGCCCGACUGUUGAAGCCCACAUCUUUCCUUUCUCACCCAUUGCCCGAGUGUUCCUGUAGAGCUUCCAACCUCAUCGGCUCCGCAAGCCCCGAAAAGGAUAGCUACGGCCAACUAGUAUACGGAGGUGAGGACGAAUGUCCUGAAUGGAUUAAACGCGGUCUGGCAAUAGUUUCUGCAGAGGUGAGUGACGACGACGAAGGUGACUUACCCGAAGAAGAUGAUGAGGCACAGGAGCAGCCAGAAUCUGACGCCAAUAGAUCUUCAGAGCAAGAUGAAGAGAUGGAUCCUGAUGAUUGAAGAAAUUUUAGUUAUACUGUGAGUAGCCUUUUUGUUGCUCUUAGUCCACAAUAGUGCGAGCCGACGAUCACAAUCUGAAUAGAGGCCAACCUAACACUGCAAGCAAAUACGUGAGCAGGGUUGAGAUUAAAAGUGCAUGCUUAGACCUCCGGCAAGCAGUGUCAAUACUUAAAUACUCUUCUUCUUCUUUUCUUUUUUUUGCACUUCUUUUGAAAUUCCCUGAACCCUUUGUAUAUUCUAGUGUGUUGCUAGGAGUACAUUUUUUAUCAGCUUUCUCUCUCUCUUUCUUUUCUUUUUUUUUUCCCUUGCCUAAGGCAGUAGAUUCUCUUACACUCAAGAUUCAUUGGGGGCCCUGUGAACUUCUGACAAAUAGAAUUUUUGUAGAAACAGUUGUAUUAGUGAUUUGGAAUUUUUCCUUUUCCAACUGUUCUCUGUGUGAAAAUUAUUUUUCUCUGGUAUA